CAUCGAAGAUGACAUAUUUGAAGCACGUUCAGAUUUGUAUGGGAUCCGCACAUGAAAGUUUUCUUCGUCUAUAAUUUCUUGACUGUUUUUUACUUGUUACAAGAUACCAAGAAGAUACACCCAGACUGGUUUUGUAAUGGGAAGAGUGUGGAUUUACCCUUUCAUUCAGUUUUUUUCUUUUCUUUUUGGAAUUUUGGCAGAAGAUAUGAAGUGUGAUUACCACCCAAAGAACAUCAUCAAGGACGGCCAAGUUGUGCUAUGUUGUUACACUUCUGCACUGAUUGAUAAUGAUAUGAAACACCUCAUCUGCAACAAAAAUAAUGAAACCUUUCUUCACAUUUCUGCCAAUCAUUUGGGCAAUAAACAAAAAAAAUCACCAAAAUAUGAAGUGAAUAAAGAUGAAAUCAAGCGUGGAUACAUUUACAUAACCAUCAAUAAUUUUAAUGAAUCUGACUUUGGGAAAUAUUGCUGUAUUAUAAAGUUUCCAGAAAGUUUCCGUCAAAACUGUGGAGAAGGUGAUGUCAUUAUACAGGACAACAGUGAACAAGACCAAGAAAGAUGUACAAAGUCUGAUGCUUUAAUCACCAGCAGCACAUGUGAAGUGGUCCAGGAGUGUAAUAGAAACAGGAAUAACAACAAAGCUUCACUCGCAGAUCCACAGAAUAACAGUACUAAAGAGAAGAGAAAUCUUUCUGCUGCCACAAUACUGUGCAUCGUGCUUCUGCUCAUUCUUUUCUGAAAGGAUGAAAUGAUGAAGGUUAUAAUCAUGCUUUUUAGAACGAAAACAAGCAACUAAAUUGAACUACAUUGUGGAUGUUAAAACGAGAUGCUGAGGAUACUCUGAAUUGAAGGACCUGUCAUUGUUUCAUAAAGUACACAAAACUCAUGUGGAGGAAAUUCAGAUAUUUCUACUGACUUCCAAUGAAUUAAAGCUCUGAAGGUGGUAACUUGUGCAUUUUUUGAAAGUAAGCACGCAAACAUAUAUACAUACAAUCAGUGGUGAAGUAUGAAGUAAACACAUCUUUCACUUGUGCUACAUUCUCUACUUUGUAAAUGGGUGAUGUUUCUCAUACAGUUUUAGACACUUUACAGACUGAUACACGGUAUAUAUUAUGUUAUUAAGUUUAUGCCAGUCACAAUCUAAUAAGUAGACCACAAAUAAUUCUCAUGUAGUGAGCUGCUCUUAAGUGGUGUUCAGAUCUUCUGCCAAAUCCUCUUUGGUGCUCAGGAUGCUAAGACAAAGGAAGCCUGUGAAUGACCAGUGUGGCUACCUGCUCCUGCCCUUAAUUGUAUCUUUUAUUCCUGUGAACUUCUGUAGCAUUUAGUGUUCUUGGGCUGUCCCUGCUUGUUCACUUUUACAAUAUGGAGUCUUCUGAAUGGUAUGACUGUAGCAUUAACAUCUGAACACACUUGCCCUCUUAAGCAUUAUACGUUUUUUGGGUCCAUAUUGUCACAUGUACAUAGUACGGUGAAAUUCUUACUUGCAUGUAUUAAUCAACAUGAAACACGAUAUGAUUAGUGAGUAUAACCACCUUACCUUGGAACCUCUCUCUUCUUUAUUUGGAAAAACUCUGAGCAAUAUUUUGCUGUGUACAUGUGCCAACUCUAUUAUUAACACUUUGUGUAUGCUGUGAAACUGUUUUUAAUUACCUUGUUUAAUUACUCACUUCUCUGUUAUUUAAUUGUCCUCCUGUUUGUAAUUGCUAUCACAGUUUAUUGGAUGUUACAUGUUUUACUUGUACUACUCAUAUGGAAUAAGGAUUGAUUGGCUGGCCAACACGUUA